UGGAAAUGAGAACAAAUGGCACAGAGUUUACGAUUGCACUUCGCAGCCAGCAGAAGCAAGACUUACCCACUGUCGGAGCCCUCCGGAGAUGACCUGGAGAGACCGCCCCGAAUCUCAGUGGCCAGCGUUGUUCAAAUGAGGCUGACCCCCAGACAGACACCACUGGCUCCGUGGAUAGAGCAAAGAUCCUCUGAAAGCAGUGGCAAAAAAAGCAGCUGCCUGCAGAUCUCGCUGCAGCCCAGGUACGGAGGGGAUCUUCCAUCCAGCACUGCCGUGGCCGACAGGGAUGACGCUUCCUUUACCGGUGUUUUGAAGGAUGGUAUUUGCAGCAGCACCAGGGUUGAUGGGGAACUGCCCAGUGCCAGUGAUGGCAGCCUCUUAGGUGCUUCUGCUGUGUGCAGCGGCAGCAUCAGUCACUUCUCAGCCAGCGACAGUGGGUCUUACAGCAGCAGUGGCAGUGACUAUGGGUCGUGUGCAAGCAUCACAAGUGGAGGCUCCUACACCAGCAGUGUUGUCAGUGACAGUAGCAGCUAUGAGACCUUUUUUAGUGGAAAUUUACCUUCCGACAGCACCUCCAACAGCAGUGUGCCAGUCAGCUCUAUUCCCCGUGAAGUUCUGUGCCGAAGUCCCAGUGGCCUUCCCUUCACCCAGGAGAACCUGGAUCAUGGAGCAGAGAUUAUGAAACUGCCGGUGAGCAGGAAUCCAAAAGUCCCACUGAAACGCUGCACGUCCUUGGUCAUUUUCCCCAGGAGUCCUUCAAACACCCCGCCAGCAUCCCCGACAAACAGGGGUGCCUACCAGACCUCACACCAGUUGGUUGUAUCUCCUACUGAAACUGCACAUCAUGAAGAUGGCACUGGCACCAAAGGCUUUCUGUCGACAGCUGUCAAUGGGGUUCGAUUGUCUAAAAUGGUCUGUACUCCUGGAGAAGCCAGAGAUGUACGGCCUCUCCACAUCAAGAGCUCACUGCAAAAUAAAAUUGUCAUUUCGAACAAUAGGCCCAAACAGACUGUGUGUGAGAAGCUGCCUGAGGGAUUUUCCUGUGUGUCGGUGCACUGGACCCAGCAAAAACCAACCGUGUCAGGCUGUGAAAACUCACGUGGUGGCUGCAUAUCUGAGAGGUCAGAGCUCCAGCUCCAGCCCGAUUCGGACCAUGCCAUACUCACGCAGAGGGCAUCCCCCUGCUCACCAGCCACACCAGACGUGGAUUGCCAUAGAAAUAGCCGUGGAGAGUUGGAAAGACCAAAUGCACAGAUAAGCAAAAGCCAUGCUGCCUUACAAAGAAGUGUUUCACUGGGAGGGACGUACCCGAAUGUUUCCUGUCUGUCCAGCCUGAAGCACAAUUGUUCCAAGGGGGGACCAUCUCAAUUACUCAUAAAGUUUGCGUCUGGGAAUGACGGUAAAGUUGAUAGUUUGUGGAGAAAGGGACACUCGGCAAACGAGCUGUCUGGCAAGACAAGAGAUGAUUUCCUUGGUCAAGUGGAUGUCCCACUCUAUCCCUUACCGACAGAGAACCCAAGAAUGGAGAGACCAUAUACAUUUAAGGAUUUCGUUCUUCAUCCAAGAAGCCACAAAUCAAGAGUUAAAGGGUAUCUGAGACUGAAGAUGACUUAUUUACCUAAAUCCAACGGCUCAGAAGAUGACAAUGCAGAUCAGGCUGAGGAACUAGAGCCUGGCUGGGUUGUUUUGGACCAACCAGAUGCUGCUAGCCACUUGCAGCGUCCACCAGAACCUUCUCCCCUACCUCCAGGAUGGGAAGAGAGGCAGGAUAUCCUUGGAAGGACCUACUAUGUAAACCAUGAGUCUAGAAGAACACAGUGGAAGAGACCAAGCCCUGAGGAUGACCUCUCAGAUGCUGAAAACGGUAAUAUUCAGCUGCAGGCGCAGCGAGCGUUCACCACCAGGCGGCAGAUUUCGGAAGAGGUGGACAGUGCUGACAACCGGGAGUCCCCUGAGAAUUGGGAAAUUAUACGAGAUGAAGAAAACACUGUGUAUAGCAGUCAGGCCUUCCAGUCACCUUCGUCGGGUCAUGUAGAUUCGCAGGCUCACCUCGCAGAAGAGUUAGAUACCAGACUUGCUGUGUAUGGAAAUCCGGCCACCGGCCAGCCAGUCACCAGCUCGAAUCAUUCCAACCAGAGAGGCAGCUCGCAAGCCUGUAUCUUUGAGGAACAGCCUGCACUUCCUGUGCUUUUGCCUACUUCAUCUGGAUUGCCGCCAGGUUGGGAAGAAAAACAAGAUGAAAGAGGACGGUCAUACUAUGUAGACCACAAUUCUAGAACAACCACGUGGGCCAAGCCCACCAUGCAGGAUGACCCAAGAUCGAAAAUCCCUGCUCAUCUGAAAGCAAAGACUCCAGUCGACUCAUCUAAUGACCUGGGACCUUUACCUCCAGGAUGGGAAGAGAGAACCCACACAGACGGACGAGUCUUCUAUAUAAACCACAAUACAAAAAAGACACAGUGGGAAGAUCCUCGGACCCAGAACGUGGCAACAACUGGACCAGCAGUGCCCUACUCCAGGGAUUACAAAAGGAAGUACGAGUUCUUCCGAAGAAAGCUGAAGAAGCAGAAUGACAUUCCAAACAAAUUUGAGAUGAAACUCCGCCGCGCAAAUGUUCUGGAGGAUUCUUACCGGAGAAUUAUGGGUGUGAAGAGAGCCGACGUCCUCAAGGCUCGACUCUGGAUUGAGUUCGAUGGUGAAAAGGGACUUGAUUAUGGAGGAGUUGCUCGGGAAUGGUUCUUCCUCAUUUCAAAGGAAAUGUUUAACCCUUAUUACGGGCUGUUCGAGUAUUCUGCUACGGAUAAUUACACCCUCCAGAUAAAUCCAAACUCGGGCUUAUGUAACGAAGAUCACCUCUCGUACUUCAAGUUCAUCGGUCGUGUGGCUGGGAUGGCAGUUUACCAUGGCAAGCUGCUGGAUGGCUUUUUCAUCCGCCCCUUUUACAAGAUGAUGCUUCAGAAACUGAUAACCCUGCAUGACAUGGAGUCCGUGGACAGUGAAUAUUACAGUUCACUGCGAUGGAUUCUUGAAAAUGACCCGACAGAGCUGGACCUCAGGUUCAUCAUAGAUGAGGAGCUUUUUGGACAGACACAUCAGCAUGAACUGAAAACUGGUGGAACAGAGAUCGUUGUCACCAAUAAGAACAAGAAGGAGUACAUUUACCUUGUAAUACAAUGGCGAUUUGUGAACCGAAUCCAGAAGCAAAUGGCUGCUUUUAAAGAGGGAUUUUUUGAGCUGAUACCACAGGAUCUCAUCAAGAUAUUCGAUGAAAAUGAAUUGGAGCUUCUAAUGUGUGGUCUGGGAGAUGUGGAUGUGAGCGACUGGAAGGAACACACAAAGUACAAAAAUGGCUACAGUGUCAACCACCAGGUCAUCCAGUGGUUCUGGAAGGCCGUUUUAAUGAUGGAUUCAGAAAAAAGAAUCCGUUUGCUUCAGUUUGUUACUGGCACCUCCCGCGUGCCUAUGAACGGAUUUGCCGAACUCUAUGGCUCGAAUGGACCACAGUCCUUCACAGUCGAACAGUGGGGCACCCCUGAUAAGCUGCCAAGAGCGCAUACCUGCUUUAAUCGCCUGGACCUGCCACCCUAUGAAUCAUUUGAAGAACUCUGGGAUAAACUUCAGAUGGCGAUUGAAAACACUCAGGGCUUUGAUGGGGUCGAUUAGAUUACUAGGAACAAGCUGUGGCGUCUUAAACACCACAGCUUUUAAGCAAAAGCAAAAUUGCAUCUUAACAUUUUCCAGAGUACUUCUAAAAGAUAGUCACUGGCUCUUCCCGGGAGACCAGAGGGCGGUUUAUCCAUGGUUUCAGCCACCACCAUCCUGAAGUGUUCAUUUGUCCCGUUACUUCGUCCUGUCGCUGGGGUUCACACGACAGGGCGUUUGAGUCCUGAGUGUCUGAAUGCUGACCGCAUCUCAUCUUGCUAGGCACAUCUUUCUGAAACUACUGAGAUUCCAACUGUGAAAUAUCUGUAAUGAGUAUCUGGUGGGGAAAAUUUGAUGCUUUUUUGAGAUGAAAUUUGGACAAAGAAAGUCUUUACUAUUGAGUAAACUGCGACAGUCUAGCCCUAUUGUCGCUACAUAUCCUGUAGAACUUGCCUAGUGUACCUUCUUGCCUAGAUCUUUGGAACAACUUUGGAAAAUGUGUCACCUAUGUUUUUAGUCACUUGAGUCACUUGCAAAAAAAAAAAGAAAAAAAGAAAAAAGGAAAAAAAAGUUCCCCUUCACUCGGGAUGUAUCUCGCGUUUGUUAGCAUGCCGCUUAGUCCAGCGAUUCAGAAGACGAGUGGAGCGAGCUUUUCUUUGCAAUGUGUAGAGUGUUAGGCCUCCCUCUCGCCUGUGCAUCCUCAAGGCUUAUCACAGGCUACAGUUACUUUGUGUUAGUGUGUGUAGAAUUCCUUCAGAUAAAACAAGCUCCACAAAGCAGUGUUUCUAAGCAUGCCGUGAAGAACCAAGUUACGUGUAUGACUUGCCCUUACCAGCCUCUCUUCACGCUUGCAGUCACGUAGUACAUACGUGUUUACGGAGUUCAUUAUGUUUACAGGUUAAGCGAAUUUCUGUAGUUGCAUUUUUAUAUUUUUAGUACCACAUUAGUAUAAAAGAAUUUGUUUAAAAUAACCAAAGAGUAGUUCAAUGCAUAAUUUGUAUAAAUUUGUUACCAGGUUUCUUAUGCUUUCUAAAAAAUACUGUUUACUAUGAAAAUUAUGUUUUAUUAAAAGUCAAAACUCCUUGAGGCCGAUGCUACAGGUGGAAUCCCACCGAAACCACAUGGAAGUAAGUCUAGGAAGAGAGCCAUGCGUGAACCCGCACACGCAGACAGUGCCAGCUAUGUACCGGUUCCUGGGGGAAAAUUGUCAGCAGUGAGAUCCAGUUCUGUCUUCAUCCUCGAGGAACCUAGAGCUAUGUUGAUGACUUAGUAAACAGUGGAAAGGAAGGGUGAGCAGACCAAGGCAGAAGGAAAGGGAAGCGAGGUCCCACUCCACCUGCAGAGGGCAUGUGUGCCAAGACUCCUUUUAUUCAUCCUGACAUUGGUGUGAUUAUACAGAAAAUGCCCAUUAUAUAUAUAUACCUAUGAAAAAAACUAAGCCUGCUUUUCAAUGUGGUAUUAUAAAUUAAUGUAAGCAUAUGUUAUAAACUUUCUGAGAUACAUAUAAAUGCCCUGUGGGAGCUGUCAGAAAUGUAUGGGGCCAUUGGCUUUAGCUUGUUGGCUUGACAAGUGCCUGUCAGCCCGUGGAAGAGAUUUCGGUGAGAGUAGCAAAAACAGUUCCAUAGGCCACAUCAUCACUUGGGUCAGGGAAAGUAACCCCAGGCCAGAGCAUGCUUCCCAAGUGUCUUUCCUGAGUCAGCCGGGCAUGAGCGCCUGUGCAGUCCUGAUUUUAUUAUUGGCCAUCUGUGAACCUGCACUGCCAGGCUCCAGUCUCUUCAUCUGUCAGGUAUGAAUAGCUGUGCCCACCCUUUUGUCUUUUGAGGCUAUAGUAAGUUCUGAAAUGCUGAGAGAUCAGGCUUUCCUGCCAACCACCAUGGUCUGAGUCAGGCACCCAAGCUGCUCUCCUCCCAGUGAUUUAGAGUAGGUGAGGACGAAGAACCCUGCUGAUCCCCAGUGUGCUGGCAUAGAUACGGAUUCACGCAUGGACUGUAGCAUCCAAGUUCGCUUCCUCUACAGUACAAAGUAACACUAAUACUGGCUGGUGUCUUACCUGGAAUGUCCCCAUUGUAUGGAACUAAGGGCGAAACUUCAUGUGAAAUAGAAUUGUGCAUGGUCAUUGAGCCCCGCCUCUGAGAAGUCAUCACAGCAGGGCUUAGAAAACACAAGCUGUCCUUUGUCAGGCCGCUGUCCUUGGGGGUGGUCCGGUGCCUUGACGUGAGUCUGGUGGCCCAGUGGUCUGGAGAGAGCACCACAGCCCUCAGGCCAGUUCACAUGAAAAUAUCUGUGGCAUUCUGCUGCCGGGGGGCUGUGGAGUCACUUUCACCACGAGGCGAAGGCUUUGUGCUUUUCUAGAAAAGCAUUUUAGCCUUUGUUUUUCUCUAAUUCUCCUCCCCCCAACAAAUGAAACACAAAAUUGCAUUACAGAUGCAAACCCAAUGAUAAUUGUUUUAGCUUUUUAUUUAUAACGCCCAAGUUAUUCCUAAUAUCAAGUUAAACACAAUUGGUUUUGAUGAUAAGCUAUUUGACAUUGUUUUUAAAUUCUUUCUUAUAUGGUAAAUGUAUAUCCAGAUUAAUGUAUCAAAAUUUAUUGCAUAAACUAUGAAAUCAUUUUCAAAAUCUCAAUUCCACAAAUAAAGUUCUAUUCUAAUUUUAAA